GGAGCCUCCGCCACCGGCACACAGAUUCACAGCCCGAACGAGCGCGACGUCAUGAACCGAGACCCGAAAGACCGGAAUCCACCAUGGUGGAAUCGGCGCACGCGGUUGGAGCGGACGCUGUGCUGCAUCACGACGGUGUCCAUGCUCAUGCUCCUGGCCAUGGCGGUGGCCCUGGCCGUCCUCGGAUACCACAACUCCCUGCAGAGCCUCGGGUUCGGAGGAGACAGCACCAAGGUCUGCCUCUCGCCGGGCUGCGUCAACGCCGCGUCCACCCUGCUCCAGAACAUGAACCAGAGCGUGGACCCCUGCGAGAACUUCUACGAGUUCGCGUGCGGCGGCUGGGUGCACCGGCACCCGAUUCCGGAGGACAGGCCUUCGGUGUCCCAGUUCUCCCUUAUCUGGGACCAGCUGAAAGCCCAGCUACGCUCGCUGGUCGAGAAGCCGCCACAGGACUCGGAGCCAGGCUUCAUCCACAAGAUGAAGCACAUGUACCGGUCCUGUCUCAACACCAGCCUCAUUGACUCGUACGGCGAGGAGCCUCUGCAGAGGGUCCUCAGGGCACUCGGAGGCUGGCCCGUGGUCGAGGGACCCGGAUGGGACGCGUCCAGGUUCCACUGGCUGGACGCGCUCAUACAGUACCGCAACUUUGGCUACAGCCACAACAUCCUGCUCGCCCUGUUUGUCGUCCCGGAUUUCCGGAACAACACGCGGUUCAUCAUCUUCCUGGACCAAGCGUCCCUGGGACUCCCUGACCGCGCCUACUUCCUCAAGGGGCUGAACGACAGCGUCGUGGCCGCAUACCUGAAGCUCAUGACGGAGGCCGCUGGGCUGCUGGGAGCCGACAAAAUGGCGGCAGAGACCGAGCUCCGGGACGCGCUCCAGUUCGAGACUGAGCUGGCGAAUUAUUCGUUGCCACGUGAAGAGAGGCGCAACAUAAGCAAGCGGUACAACAAGAUGCCCCUGAACGGGCUUAAGAGGCUGGCACCACAGGUUUGGUCAGUAUUGAAGGUAACCACCCACGCAGCUUAG